AAGAUUAAAUUAACGUACCUUUAAGUCCUCUAUCCGGUAAUUUAUUGAUACCGCUCGCUUCUCGAUCAACAACGCUAAUGUCAAUGCUUGAACGUAGAUGGCGACAAUCCAGGAUAGCUUACGGCGAGUUGGAAAGUGGUCGUAGACCAAACGCGGCAAUAUUUAGAUUUCUUCUCCAGAGUUGAUGUCAGCUCCACCAUUGAAAAAACUCGAAUUAUCUAUUUCAAAUUCUUGUGAGACUGUUGAGUUGGAGGGAAAGCUGGAAGACGAGGUCAUGAUAGCGGCCAGUGAGCCUCGUGCCUACGUUCCGUUUGGUCGCUCCAUCUCCAGCCAUCAUCCUGGCCAAGACAGCUUGCCUCAGCAGAAGGACAUUGUCUCUGACCAUGACGUCCCCCUGGCUGCAUUCAAGGAUGUCUCCAUUAGAGAGGGUCCAGAGAAAGAAUUUUGGCAGAUAAGAGAGUGUGCCGAUGCCGAGGAUUGUGAUGAAGAGCUUUAUUUCAAAGAUCGGGUUGUAGUGUGGAGCAAGGGAUGUGGAUACUCAACAAGCUCUGUUAAAAAAACCUUCACUCUCCAAGAAUCAGUACAGCAGGUUGAAUGGAGUCGGUUUCGAAUGCAAAGACUUGAGCCGACAGAUGUAGGCAAAUCUACCCUGGGUGAGAAUGAACAAGAAGAGGAUGUUCUUGGUAUCAGCAUCACACAUCCCACUAGCAUCACCGUCUUCACAGAAGCUGGGGAGAAGUUUGUUGCCUCACUCCCAUUCCAAGUCUCAAGAACAUGGAUAGUAGAUGGAGGUAUGUUACUGGAACAAGCUGUAUCUCAAACAGAACUAUCCUCAGUCUAUAGUAAACGGGAGAAAGAGAAGCUACCAACUUUGUUCAGUCUGUUACAUCCCUUAGAUGAACCUACCCCAGUGCUGUGCAGAAAUGGAAAAAAAUGA